ACUAUGUGGUAAACCAAAUCACUUUGCUCGUUGUUGUUUCAGCAGACCACGGAUGGAGCGGGACAACGAAAGAUACACACAGCCACGACAAAGACAGGACAUCUCGCAGAAGGUGAGAGCAGUAAAGCUAAGUGAAAACAGCCCACCGACAAAAACACUGGAGCCAGAUACAACUUCAAGCACAGACCAUGAAUAUGUCACACAAGAACAUACAAAUAUCAAACAACCAAUGACAAAAGUCUGUAUAGCCCAACAACCUCUAGAUAUAUUAAUAGACACAGGUGCUACAGUCAACCUGCUAGACAAAAACGCACAUGACAAAAUCAAAAUGUCAACAAAACUACAACCAACCAACAAGAAAAUACUGCCAUAUGGUAAACAACAACCACUUCCACUACUAGGAAAGCUAACUACAAACAUCUCAGCACAUGGAAAAACCACUGAGGCAACAGUCUAUGUAGUUGAAGGAGAUCAUGGGUCUCUGCUCAGUCUCAAAACGGCUACUGAACUUGGACUCAUUCACAUUGUUCUUUCUACAGACAUAAUUCAACCUACAACUUCUGUCGCUGACCAGCUCUUGUCAAAGUACCCAAACAUCACAAAUGGCAUAGGAAAGCUGAAAAAUGUUCAAGUCAAGCUAUACAUUGACGACACAGUCAAACCUAUUGCUCAACCACAUCGCAGAAUUCCUUUCCAUGUUCGAAAGAAAGUCGAGAAGGAACUGCAACUUCUGGAAGAUGAAGGAAUCAUAGAAAAGGUAGAGGGUCCAACACCUUGGGUUUCACCUAUUGUUGCGAUGCCAAAGCCAAAAAACCCUGAGAAAAUACGAAUUUGUGUUGACAUGAGACUACCAAAUCAAGCUCUGCUGGUCUUCCAAAACACCAUCCAACAGGUCCUACAAGGCUUCCCUGGAGUUCAAAAUUUCAGUGAUGACAUUCUGGUAUAUGGUACCACAGCUGACGCAUACAACAGAUCCCUCGAAGCAGUCUUCCAACGGCUACAUGAAAACAAUCUGACGAUCAACAAAAGCAAAUUUGAAUUUCACAAAACGUCCCUUGAGUUUUUCGGAUACCUCUUUUCCAACAAAAGUAUCUCGCCAGACCACAAAAAAAUUGAGGCGAUCACAGACAUGCCAUCCCCACUAAACCAAAGUGAGAUGAGAAGUUUACUAGGUAUGGCCAACUACAGUGUGAGAUUCAUUCCUAACUAUUCAUCAACAACUCAACCUCUCAAGAAAGACUCAAAGUGGAUAUGGGGAAAAGAACAAAGAGAUGCACUGAAAACACUCAAACACAACCUGGUGAAUGCUCCUGUAAUGAGUUACUUCCAUCCUGACAGAGAAACCAACGCCAUUGUCGAUGCUAGUCCCGUUGGUCUACGAGGCAUACUAGAACCACAGAUCACACCUACGUUGUCGCUUAUGCUAGUAGAGCAUUAA